AUGCAGCCAGUGAAAAGCCCUGUGACAAUUUGUGGGGACAUUCAUGGGCAAUUCCAUGAUCUUGCUGAACUUUUUCGGAUUGGUGGGAAGUGUCCUGAUACAAAUUAUCUCUUUAUGGGAGAUUAUGUCGACCGUGGGUAUUAUUCGGUUGAAACUGUUACUCUUUUGGUAGCUCUGAAAGUGCGCUAUCCUCAGCGAAUUACAAUUCUUAGGGGAAACCAUGAAAGUCGACAGAUUACACAAGUCUAUGGGUUUUAUGAUGAGUGUUUGCGGAAGUAUGGUAAUGCUAAUGUUUGGAAGACAUUCACGGAUCUCUUUGACUAUUUUCCUCUGACUGCAUUGGUUGAAUCCGAAAUAUUUUGUUUGCACGGUGGGUUGUCUCCAUCUAUUGAAACCCUUGAUAAUAUAAGAAGUUUUGAUCGUGUUCAAGAAGUGCCACAUGAAGGCCCCAUGUGUGAUCUUUUGUGGUCUGACCCUGAUGAUCGUUGCGGUUGGGGUAUCUCGCCUCGAGGGGCUGGAUAUACCUUCGGUCAGGACAUAUCUGAGCAAUUCAACCAUACCAACAGUCUGAAACUCAUAGCCCGAGCCCAUCAGCUAGUUAUGGAAGGAUAUAACUGGAGCCAUGAACAAAAAGUUGUCACCAUUUUUAGUGCACCAAACUACUGUUAUCGUUGUGGGAACAUGGCCUCGAUUUUGGAAGUUGAUGACAGCAAAGAACAUACAUUUAUUCAGUUUGAGCCUGCUCCAAGAAGGGGAGAACCCGAUGUUACCCGGAGAACUCCCGAUUACUUCCUGUAAAGCAUCUGACAGUUGCUGAUUUGUAUUGUCUUACACUAUAGCUGGUUUUGUGCUACAUAUUCCAUAUGUUGAAGACUCGGUCAUCGUCUUGCGAACUAAGCUUUUGGGGGCCAAAGCCCGAGAGGGCAAGAGGCAUGUAAAAUGGUACAACACAAUGUCCCCCUCGAUUCAAGUUACAUUCUAACCUAUCUUUAGGCGUAAUAGAAGUGGGGAAAUCCAGCAGCUGCAGACUGCAGUGCUGUGUAUUGUGUCAUUUCAUGGAUCCUCUUUUUUCCCUUAUUAUUAUUUUUUUUAAUUUUAUAUUUUUCCAUUUCUUGUUAAUUAUUAAUUUUCAGUUCUUUGUUUCAUUGCAAAUGGACAUGUAGUGUAUAACUAUGUAUAAGGUUAAGGAUUCAGUUUCUGCUGUUUCUGUUACUGCUUGCCUUGUUAAUGUAACUGCAAUACUUUGGCCUGUUGUUAAUGGGGUUCAAGCCUUUCAUUUCAAGCUAGUUCUUGGA